AUGGCGCGGGUAUCUAAAUGUAGUCCGUUUCAAUCACAAAGACAAACUCAACCAAAAUCAAACACAGGAGGUGAUGAUGAGGACAAGAGAAAGAAAGAAUCAAAAGGUGAUGAUGAAGAGGAAGGAACAUCGGGUAGUUCUAGUUCUGAUGAAAAGAAGAAGAGGAAAAGACCGAGGAAAAGUAAAAAGCGAAAGCAGAAGUAUCGGAGUAUCAAUGAGAUAAUGUAUGGUCCACGACGAAAACCUACAGGUGUUGUAAUUCGAGGCACAGCUGCCGCUAAAGAAUCUGAUAGUGAACCCGAACAAAAACCACCUGCUGCCAAAAGAAAGAGACCUGCACGUACUGCGGUCAAGAGUUCGUAUUCUCUACGAUCUCGAGAGAGAGAUUCGGAGGAAAAGAAGCAAAAAGGCAAAGGAAAAGAGCAAGAAACUGAUGUUUGGGAAGCAAAUCCAGAUACUGAUCACAAAGGGAAGAGUAUUGCAGAGGAUUCUGAUGAUGAGAGCGAAUCUACGGAUUCGGAUUAG